AUGAGUCCAGUUUUGAAAUUCAUUGGCAAGACCACCUCAACCGUGGUCGCUGGAACCUUUUUUGUAAUCUUGGCGUGGCAACGCGACGCCUUGAUGGUGAGUUUCUUUGUCGGCGCCAUUUCCAAUGGCAUUUUGAGCAAGGUUUUGAAAAAAGCGAUUCGACAAGAACGGCCCAUGAUGGAGUAUGUUUUGGAAUCGUCUGCUGCUGGUGCUGGUAGUAGUAGUAGUAGUGGCAAUAGUAUAUUGGAACCACCACCGCCCAGUGACAAUGGCAUGCCCUCCUCACACGCCAUGAGUUUGGGCUUUAUUGGGACCUUUACAGGAUUUUUACUCAUGGAUUACCAUUAUCCCUACUCGACUUUGUUGUUGUUGGUGGCGUAUGCUUCCAUUUCGCUGUGGUACCGCAUCGUUUCCAAGUUGCACACGUGGGAACAAAUUGCGGUUGGGCUAUCCGUGGGGACCAUGAAUGGUGUAUUGUGGCGAUGCCUUUGUUUUGGAACCACUCAGCCAUUUAGCAGUGCGGUCACUCAAGACUUGCCAAUCAAUGUCAUGGAAUUUGUCACCAAUAACUUGUUGAACGAUCAAGGAGUCUUGCCACUCUAUGGAUUGGCCAUUCCGGCAUUGUUGGGCGCCGUGAUUGUGGGAAGUGUGGAACGGCGGAUUGGCCGAUUCUUGAAAUUGAAAAGCGAGAAACAAAAAGAUGCGGCAAAUAAACAAGCGUGA